AUGCUCCUGGAGCAUGCGCUUGGCACGCCCAUCAUUACUCAGGACCCCAAGGCGACCGUCACCCUUACCAUCCCCAAAGAAACGGCAAAGGCCAAUGUUUAUGACUGGUCGGAGGGUUGGAAACCGUCCUUCAACAUUCAUCAGUCCUGCAACAGUACGUUGCGUGCCCAGCUCCAGCAGGGCCUGGAUGAGGCCGUCCAGGUAGCGCAACACGCCAGGGAUCACCUCUUGCGAUGGGGUAACCGCUCCGAAUUCACUCAAAAAUACUUUGGCAACAGCUCAAGUGCGACCCCCAUUGGCUGGUAUGAUCGAAUCAUUGCGGCCGACAAGACCGGCAUGCUGUUCCGCUGCGAUGAUCCCGACCGCAAUUGCGAGACACAGAAGAACUGGGCUGGACACUGGCGGGGUAGCAAUGCUACGACUGAGACCGUCAUCUGCCCUCUGUCCUUUCAGAUCCGUCGACCCCUGUCAGCAGUGUGCAAUCUUGGGUACACAGUCGCUGGAUCCAAGCUCAACACCUACUGGGCCACCGACCUCUUGCACCGACUGCUGCAUGUGCCCACCAUCAGCGAGGGAAUUGUCGACCACUUUGCCGAAGACUACGCUGGCAUCCUAGAGCUCGCAAAGACGAAGUCGGACAAGAGUGGUAUCGACAGCAACGCCCUUCAGUACUUUGCCAUUGACGUGUGGGCGUACGACAUUGCCGCCCCAGGGAUCGGCUGCACUGGUAAGCCGCAAAGCUCCAAGGCAUCAUCCGCUUCGACGCCGGCUCCUACGUCAACGCCAAAGCCAGACCAAAGCGCAACGAGCAGCGCGCCGACUGAAUGCCAUACUCACGCAGAUGGCGUUGUGCAUUGUGCUUAG